GCACAAUAUGCACUAUCUUAAGAAAAACGGCGCUUGUUGCCUGAAAAAUGUUGCUCUUCAAUUUUAGAAUAACGUCCCCGCAGCGCGCAAACAGGCUGAUCGCGACUUUCACGCCACCAACUGAAACCUUCUUAUUCUUUGUUCACGGCAGGCAUUCUUGAUAAAAUUCGCUGAAAUAACAAAACGUCGCCCCUCGUCUAUGGAUUUCCAACUCGUCUCACGCUCUCUCACUCUACCUGUUAAACCAUUCCCGACUAUUGGUCUCUUGGUACAUUUAGUAUCGUUCGAUUACUUCCCCGGAGGACACUGCCUCGCUCGUAAAUCGGUGCCGAGCUCAAGGACUAGUCUAUUUCCAAAAGGAACCUACUGAAUGAACCAAUCCAAUCGCACACGGCCUUUAGCAUUUUGGUCACUACCUCGCCAAGCUAUCUUUUUGCCCCUACAGGAUAGGCGCACACCAUUUUUAGAUCUUCUUUGUCCCUGUUACAUUUUUUUUAAUCCCCGAGCGCAGUCUCGUGCUAAGAUCUUGUUCCUGAAUUGCUCCUCAUUUAUAUAUUCUGGCAAACCCGUCUUGCUUUGUUAGAGUUGCCGAACUCAAUCAUUCACGGCUCCGACAUUCACAUCCUCAACGAGCUCAAGUCACAAAGGGCUUGAUCACUGCCGGAACAAACCAUACCAUUCCAUUGCCCUCAAGCCAACAACUUAAAGUAUCACGGCAAAGCAGGCUUUUGAGAAGCUUCAAACUCGUCUGAGCUUUGUCCAUCGUCACACUAGCAAAUAUCCAAACACACAUAUACCGCACAAUGGCAGAAAAGAACGACACCAUGGUUUCCGUCAGGAAAUACACAUCGCGGUUUUCCAAGGCCAUGCGCAUGUGCGGUCCCUCUACGGGCGGCCGUUUCGGGAGGAAUAAGCUUCGAGGCAUGAACAUCUCUGCUCCUUCCAACUUUCGCAGGGAAACAACUUGCAUCCCGGGUCUCAGUAACGACGAGUUGGUCUCGCUCAGAGAACUUGCCUACGAGAAAGCCCUCGCCUCCCAGAUUGGCAUCAUGGACUUUGACAGCAUACCACCCCGCCGCCUGCCACCUGCGAUCCCUGCCCGGCCCAUGGGCGGCCCAAUGUCGUCAAAUCCAGUCAUCAUCAUUGGAGGCGAGGGGCCAAAAGAAAAAAAGAAGCCUGGGCUGUUCACUGGGAAGUACUGAAAGGCAGGGAAUGACAGAACCAGAAAAAGCUUGGUGGAAUCACGAUCUUGGAUAUUACACAUUUGACCCUAAUUUUUCUUUUGUCUUAUUUCAUUUGUCAAACAUGAAUGGAAGGCAAUGGCGUUGGGCGCAGGGUUGAACGGCUCACCGCGUGGUGAUAGAGGUUGGGAUUAGAGAAAAACUGACAUGAUGAAUGAAUGAAACUGAUCCACGCA